AGCCUCUGCAGGGAGUCUGAGCAGGUCAGCUGGGAAUGCCUGUCAGCCCUCCAGGGCGGCUCCUGCACGGGCCUGGAGGUGGGUGAGUGACUCAGGCUGGGGCCCUCUCCACCCCCCGCCCGGCUCACCUAAUCCCCGCCGCGGGAGUCGGGGGCACUGGCGCCUGCGCCGAGGUCUGGGGCUGCGCCGCGGCGACCUCACGCCCAGCAGCAUGUGCAGCUGAGGCCUCCGUGCGGCGCGGCAGGCUCCCCGGAGGUGGGCAGGGAGGCCGGGCUCUCCAGCCCCCUCAGGACCCGAGGAAGGGAUGGCCGGACAAGAAGGCAGCGGGCUGCAGGCCCUGCUGCGCACGCUUCAGAGCUCUUCCGACAGGCAGUCCGUCCUGAGCAUCCUCCAGGUCCUCGGAGAUCUGCUGUCUGUUGGCACAGACAAGAGGAUUCGCUACAUGGUCAGCAAGGGUGGCAGCGAAGCCCUUCUGCAGACCCUGGUGGACACAGCGAGGACAGCUUCUCCAGACUAUGACAUCCUUCUGCCACUCUUCCGACUGUUGGCCAAAGUUGGCCUACGAGAUAAAAAGUUUGGACAGAAGGCGCUGGAGUUGGAAGCACUUGAUGUGACAUUGAUCCUGACCAGGAAAAACCUGUCCCACAGCCAGAACCUCCUGCACUGUCUCUGGACUCUGCGCGUGUUCGCCACCAGUGUCACCACGGCAGCCAUGCUGGGAAUUAAUGGAGCAAUGGAACUGCUUUUCAAGGUCAUCACCCCUUAUACACAGAAGCGCACCCGAAUAAUGAGGGCAGCCACUGAAGUUCUGGCGGCUUUGCUGAAAUCCAAGUCUAACAGCCGCAGGGCGGUGAACAGAGGCUACGUCACAGCCUUGCUCAGGCUGCAUCAGGACUGGCACCUCCACGACACGGCCAACACCCACGUGCCGAUCCGCCGGGCGCUUCUGCUCGGCCUCAAGCACAGCGCCACCUGCCGGUCUGGCAGGGAGGCUUUCCUGGCGGCUCAGGGCUUGGAGAUCCUCUUCAGCACCGCGCAGAACUGCCUGGACGACCAAAGCUUAGAACCUGUCCUCUCCAUCAUGCUUGACAUCCUGAGGCAGUGCUACCCGAAGUGUCCCCUUCCCUUGGCCACGGCCAGCAGUGCGUACACCUUCCCGGGCCCUGGGAGCAUCACCUCUGAACCUCCAUGUGUUCUGACUGAAGAGGAUCUCGAAGAUGAUGGUGAUGACGAAGUGGAUAAAGAUUCGGAUUCUGAAGACAUGAAAGAGGAAGAUGAUUUGGAAACAGAUGUUACCAAGUUGAGUUCCAGACCUGGUCUUGACCGACCUGAAGAGGACCUGACACAGUAUGAGGCCAUGUGUCUUGAGCUCUCCUGUAACUUUGAGGUCCUGGAGUCCAGGCCUGGAGACGAUUUGAACUUUGAAGAGGCUCAGUAUGCCAAUCACCAGCACAUUCUGACUGCUGCCUCCCCAAAAUGGCAUUGCUUGAAUAAGGACCAAAGCUCCUUCGGUCAAGAAAGAGAAGACACAGUCCAGGCUUUCCUUCUGAGUACGGUGAAGACGGGGAGGUCCAAUGUACAUCUAACCUCCAAAAAAGAGCCUGGAGUGAGCCCAUACCAAAAGGCACAGUCCAGUGGCCAUGGGAAAGAUUCUUCUGGAAAUGAAAUCCCUGACAUUCAGGCUUCUCUCAAAGAGGAUGCUUGGGACAUUGAAGCUGUUUCUUGCCCAAGGAUUAGUGCCUCCUUUUCCAAUUCCACUAAGACUAAAGAAGCUACUGAAGAAAUAGAUAAGCUUCUGCAGACAUAUCCCAAACAUGUCCCUUUCCACGACCCCUAUCUUUAUAUGGCCAAAGCUGGGAGAACCAGGUCUGUGGCUGACUUCAAGAUGAUGGCGUUUCCUGAUCUCUGGGGACACUGUCCGCCUCCCGCUGCUCAGUCUCUGUUGGAGCGCAAAUGUGGAAUCCAAAGGAUCAAGAUAUUUGAGGAUGUCCGCAGGCUCAUCCAGCCAAGUGACGUUAUAAAUAAAGUCGUCUUCAGUUUAGAUGAGCCUUGGCCUUUGCAAGACGCUGCUUCUGAUUGCCUAAGGUUCUUUUCCCAGUUUGAGUCCGGAAAUCUUCGCAAAGCCAUCCAAGUGCGAGAGUUUGAGUACGACUUGCUGGUGAACGCGGAUGUGAACAGUGCCCAGCACCAGCAGUGGUUCUACUUCCAGGUGAGCAGAAUGAAGGCUGCGGUCCCUUACCGCUUCAACGUCAUCAACUGCGAGAAGGCCAACAGCCAGUUUAAUUACGGGAUGCAGCCAACUCUGUAUUCUGUGAAGGAGGCUCUUCUUGGCAGACCCACCUGGAUGCGGAUAGGCUAUGAAAUCUGUUACUACAAGAAUCACUACCGCCAGGGCGCGGCUGCCACCGGGGGAGCAUCUGGGAAGUGUUAUUACAGCCUCACCUUUGCUGUCACCUUCCCGCAUGAUGGGGACGUCUGCUACCUAGCCUACCACUAUCCCUACACCUACACAGCCCUCCUGACUCACCUUGACACCCUGGAAAGAAGUGUGAACCCCAAGCAGGUCUACUUCCGGCAGGAGGCCCUCUGCCAGACCCUCGGAGGGAAUCCAUGUCCCUUGGUGACCAUCACAGCUAUGCCCAAGUCUAACAGCGCCGACCAUCUGGAGCAGUUCCGGCAGCGUCCAUACCAGGUGAUCACUGCCCGAGUUCAUCCAGGAGAGAGCAAUGCUAGCUGGGUGAUGAAGGGGACCCUGGAGUUUCUGGUCAGCAGUGACCCUGUGGCUCGGCUCCUGAGGGAAAACUUCAUUUUCAAAAUCAUCCCCAUGCUCAACCCAGAUGGUGUCAUCAACGGCAAUCACAGAUGCUCCCUGAGAGGGGAAGAUUUGAACAGACAGUGGCUCUCUCCCAGUGCCCAUCUCCAGCCGACAAUCUAUCACGCCAAAGGACUUCUCUCCUACCUGAGGAGCGUGGGCCGGAGUCCCACGGUCUUCUGUGAUUUCCACGGCCACUCUCAAAAGAAGAAUGUGUUCCUCUAUGGCUGCAGCAUCAAGGAGACCUUGUGGCGAGCAGAGUCCACGGUGGACGCCUCUACUCUCUUGGAAGAUGUCAGCUACAGGAUGCUUCCUAAAAUCCUCGAUAAGCUGGCGCCAGCAUUCACAACGAGCAGCUGCAGCUUUCUUAUUGAGAAAUCCCGAGCCUCCACCGCCCGGGUGGUGGUGUGGAGAGAGAUGGGGGUGUCCAGAAGCUACACCAUGGAGAGCAGCUACUGUGGCUGCAACCAGGGCCCCUAUCAGGGUCUGCAGUUUGGUACCAGGGAACUAGAGGAAAUGGGUGCCAUGUUCUGCGUGGGUCUCCUCAUCUUGGAACUCAAGUCCGUAGGCUGCAGCCGUCAGCUCCCGACCCGCUCCACAGCUCUACUGAAUGCUGAGGAAGAGGCUCUGGGGCCCCACCUCCAGCGGUGCCUCCGCAGCAGUGCCACCUCAGACCUGGACGAUGAGCCCUUUUGCAUGGAGGAGAUCGAUUACGGUACAGACGGGAGCUCAGACGGGGCAGAGAGCUUCUCUGAGCUGGACCAACAGAUCCAGGAGUGUGCCUUCCACAAGGGAGAGGAAGAGGCCGGGGGGCCGGGCGAGGGAGCUCCAGGGCCUGGUCUGCGUCCCUAACCCUUGGACUAGCAGCUCUGUCGUUUCUUCUCCAUCAGACACACGCAACGUUGGUACAAAAAGCCAGCCCAUGCGAGCUCAGCAACCCUAUUUCUAGAUUUUGUUCCAGCCUCAUUAUGCGUAAAAGGCUGACUGCUUCGUAUUUAUACCAUGUUGCACACAUAGUUAGAUGGCCUUUGGAGACUGUGCAAGCUGCUGUUGUUCUAGAACGAGACCCUCAGAUUAUCAUGGAUCCUCUCAACCUUGCUCUGUGCUGGAAAUUGCAGUGGAUGGAAUUAAGAGGAUGUGGGCUUUCUUCUCGGCUUCUCAACCAGAAUUCUAAAUUGUUUGAGUUGUUCUAUGGAUGUUAAUUCUUAUUGUUGUCUCCCUGCCAUAGCAUCUGAGCAAAUCAGCAGAAACCAUGAACCCCACUGAGACUCUGAGAGUCUUGGCAGGGUCUUCACUUGCCAGAUGACUGAAUACAAAAGGUUGUGUGAGUGUCAUUCCUUGGUCUGUCUUAAUGUAUUUAUUUUACAGAUUCAGUACAAGGCCAGGAGCCUUCCUAGAUUCUAGAGAAGGGUCACAAUGCUGAAUGAGACAUGACCAUUGGUCUUUACAAAUUUUAAAAUCCUGUGAAUUUAAGCCACUAGCCAUAAGACAGGAAGCAGCAAGACAUAGUGGGAAAAUCAUUCAUUUCAGACUCAGACAGAUGUGGCUCAUAUCUAGGACUUGGCAGUUACACGUCAUGAGAACUUAGGCAAGUAAUUAAAUCUCCCCAAACCUCAGUUUUCUUAUAUAUACAAUGGAGAUGAGCAUAUCUAUAUCAAAAGUUAUUUUGAAGAUGAAAGAGGUAAUAUAUAAAAUGUUUGGCACAUGCUAGACUCAAUGAAGUUGGCUUAUUUUCCCCAUCACCCAAGCAGAGCAUUCCAUUUAAAUAUUCUCACAGUUACAAAAUAGCAGUCUCCAGAGUAACAUGGUUGGAAGACAUUUUCUCUUCCUGGAGGGGCAUCUAGGAAGGAGGUUCCGUGGGAGCAGAGCCUAGGAGGUCGGGAUGGCUAAAAAUAAGUGAAGCUGGACCAAGGCCCUUCCGCAGGCAGAGAGAAGCAGCCUAGAGACGUACAUGACGAGGAGCGCAGGGCCCACUCAGAAAGGAUGAAAAGGGAUGUGGAAGGCAGAUGUAGGAUGGGAGAUUAGAUGGAGAAAAUAUGUUAGGUCCAAUUUUGUUUGUCCAGAUGCCAUGUAUAUUUAGUUAGGAUUAUUCAUUUUGGCUAGGAGAGACGGAAAAUCCAAAAUAGCGGUAGCUUUUGAAAGAUGGAAGUCUAGUCAUCUUUCAAACAGAAUUCCAGAUGUAGACAGGCCAGGGCUAGUAUCCUGGGCAUAUAGUGUCAGGGCCGUGCUUCUAUGGCUUUCUAGAUCUGCUCUGUUGCUUCUACUCUUAGUCUAAGAUGGCUGCUGAGUAUCAGAAUCUGCAUCUAUAUCCCAGUCAGCAAAAAGGACAGGAAAAGGAGAACAUCUUCUCUGUAUGUACUUAUGUAUAAAAAGCUAUAUGUAACACUUUGCCUUAAUCCCACCAUCCAGAAAGUGGUCCUGUGACCACAAGUCGCUACAAGAAAGGCCAGAAAACAUAGUCUUUAUUUGAGGUGGGUCCAGCUAAAAAUGUGGGAUUUUAAUACUAAAGGGAAUAAUGUAUUUUGGGAAUCAAAUACCUGCCAAAGAGCUUUUCCUGAUACACCAAUCACCACCAAGAGAUUUUGGAAACAGAAUAACUUCAGAGAAAACUCAUAGCCCACACCUCUAGACCAGCAGGGAACCACAGAACAAAAUGUUGCCAUGAUUUAGUCCCCUGGGAGAGGAGAAAGGCAUGCGUGCUAUAAUUUAGGGAGUUGAUAUUAUUGUUACUAUUAGUACUGGUAAUUGCUUCUUUUUCCAACUCUUCCAAAGUCUUUGCUCAGAAAUUUAUUUGUUCAGAAAUCACAUAUUCAGCCUUUAUAGGAGGACAUUCAGAGUUUUGUAACAUAUGUAAGAGGUUUGAGG